GGGCCGCGGGGGGAGCGGAUCCAAACGCGCUUUGCAGCGCUCCUGGGGUCGACAAGUGCGGAGGGACGGCCGGGCCGCGAGCGCAGCCUCUCCCGGGAGGGGGCUCAGCCGCCGGGGUGCAGGCGGGAUGGUGGGACGCCCCCCGCAUCGCCCGGGACCUGUGUCCCCCCCACUCCCGUCCCAGCUCCCCCAGGGUGGCGCCCGGGCCACCCGCUUCCCCCGCCGACCGUGACGCUUUCAACGGCUAAUCCGUGCGCCCCUCUCCGAGGCUGCGCUGGGGGCCCGGGACGCGGGGCGGCGCACUCCGGCUCUGCCCUGGGCCGCGUCGCGGGCCCCCGCUGGCCCCAGACAGGACGUUCUCCUCCCGACAGACGCCCUGGGCCGGGCCGCUGUCUACACACGGGGCUCAGCGGAGGUCGGAGGGCUUGCCCCGCGGGGUCCCCACCGCCCCCCGCCUGACGGCGCGCGGGGGGGGGGGCGCGAGCGGGCCGGGGGCAGGACUGCCCGCCCCGCCCCCCCUGCGGCCUCGGGGUCGGGGGAGGCCCAGGGCCUUUCUGACCCUCGGCGGUUGUGUUUUGCCUGGAAAAGUAGCAUAUCCGUGAUUUCUGGACUUUUGGACUGAACGGAAAGGUCCUCGUUUCCAUUGCUGGAGGUUGGGGCCCCGCGUUAGCCGCACGGCGUGAUUAGGGGGCGUUCGCUAGCGGGCGCCGGCGUGACGCCGCCUAACGGCUGCGUCCUGAACUCGGUUCCGCCCGCCGUCCUGUGAUCCGGGCUGACUUAGGUGAGCCUUCGGGAGCUCGGAGCGUUGUUAGGGUGACCCUACAGGCGGGCGGGUCUCCGGCCCUCGGGGCAAACGCCCCCCCCCCAGGUUAGAAGCCAUUCCGGAGUCAGUACCAGCACUGCUUCCAAUCCCAGGCGACCGCGACGCUUCACACCUUUGCACACGGCCUGGGAACAACACGCGGAGGGUGGGUCGCUCCCGAAUCCACGGUUUAUAGGCGACGAGAAUGAGGCAUGACCUCCCCGCCCCUGCUUGAUUCGGCUCAGUGUUACCCCGGCUUCUGGGGCAGAGCCCGCGUCCCUACGGCCCUGACUGUUCACUGUCGCGCCGCCUGGGAGGCCGAAUCCUGAAGCAGGGUCGCACUCCCUGCGCUACCUCUUCAUGGGCGCCUCGGUGCCAGACCUCGGGCUGCCCCUGUUCGAGGCCUUGGGCUACGUGGACGACCAGCUGUUUGUGUCCUACAAUCACGAGAGUCGCCGGGCAGAGCCGCGCGCCCAGUGGCUCCAGGGUGUGGCCACAAGCCAGCUGUGGCUGCAGCUGAGUCAGAGCCUGAAAGGCUGGGAUCACAUGUUCAUCGUGGACUUCUGGACCAUCAUGGACAAUCACAACCACAGCAAGGUGACGAAGCUCGGGGUGUCGUUGGAGUCCCACACACUGCAGGUAAUCCUGGGCUGCGAGCUGCGAGAGGACAACAGCACCAGGGGCUUCUGGAUGUACGGGUAUGACGGGCAGAACUACCUCGAAUUCCACCCGGAGACGCUGGACUGGGGGGCAGCAGAGCCCAGGGCCCGGGCCACCAAGCUCGAGUGGGAAGUGAACGCAAUCCGGGCCAAACAGAACAGGGCCUACCUGGAGAGGGACUGCCCCGUGCAGCUGCGGAGUCUGUUGGAGCUGGGGACCGGGGCUCUGGACCGGCAAGUGCCUCCCUUGGUGAAGGUGACCCGUCACAAGGCCUCGGCAGCCACCACCCUGCGGUGUCAGGCUCUGAACUUCUACCCCCAGAACGUCACCAUGAGGUGGCUGAAGGACAGGCGGCCACUGGACGCCAAGGACGUCGAGCCUCAGGACGUGCUGCCCAGCGGGGACGGGACUUACCAGGGCUGGCUGGCCGUGGCCGUGCCUCCCGGGGAAGAGGGGAGGUACACCUGCCUGGUGGAGCACCCGGGGCUCGACCAGCCCCUGGCUGCCACGUGGGAGCCCUCGAUGCCCAGCACCCUGGUCAUCGGAGCCAUCAGCGGGAUCGCUGUUUGCGUCGUCCUCUUUGGUAUCGGAAUUCUGUUCAGGAUCUUAAGGAAAAGGCAGGCUUCGAGAGGAGUCAUGGGGGACUACGUGCUGGCCGAGUGUGAGUGACUCCUGCGGGGAGGAGACCGGAGACCGGACGACGGGGCGCCCUGGGGCCUUCCUUGCCUUCCAGGACAGAGGACUCACAGACAGGAACCCACCAAGGAGCUGUCUGCUUGGGGCCUAUCCCUGGGCAGCCUCCACAACUUACCCCAUCUCGGGCGUGGAGUGCCUACGCCUGUCCCAGCGCUGCUUGUCGCCUCUCCAGCCGCCUCUAGUGGCUGCCUCACUUCAACUCCAUAUGCCUUUGGCCUCUCCUCUCCUACCUCUGGAAGAGGGCUCCUGAAAUUUGGGGGGCCUCACCAUUUCUCUCCACAACUGAGAAAAGCUAUGAACUUUC